GAUAAAUUGUUGUAAUACACAACUUUAUAUGUCACCCCAUCGCGAACACAUACAUUUUAGUUUAACGAGUUACAGUGAAUGAAUCGGAAAUGUUUAUGCUGCUACUAAAUGUUAUUUUCUUAUUAUCAGGAUGCCUUUGCUGCAUCACUGUGCCAGACACUGUCUACCUUCAUGUACCAGAGGCUAGUUGCACUUUCAAGAACAAAACCACGUGCAGCUAUAAUGCUAUGCCCGAUUGGCAACCGACAGAAGGGAAAACAGUCAAUAACCAAACAUCGACACCGCAACAAGCGUUGACAACUGGCCAAGAUGAUGAAUUCUAUAUUGUAUUCAAACCGAUAAACAGCACCAAUACAACUGCCACAAUAACAUCUCCUCCUCUUCCUCCUGGUAAAUACCAGACACUGUUUUGGUACGCAAUGGAUGGACCAAAGGGUUUACUUCAAUUACAAACUAUCGUUUCGUAUAGUCAAACUUCCAAAACCCAUUGGAAUCAUUCGUAUACUGGUAAAAUGAACUGGACUCAAGAGAAUAUCACCUUAACGGAAUCUGAUAACUUCACGAUUGUAUUUAAAGCAUACGACGAAAGAGCAUCACUUAUCGGAUUAGAUAAUGUGAAAGUUAACCGAGCAUGCGAUACGUUGAGUAUAGAUAACGGUUUCAUCACCUACAACAACAAUAACACUGCUGAAUUUAAUUGUGCAAACGGCUUUCGACUGACCGGAGAUUCUAGAUUGACAUGUAGUCAGUGGCGAUGGAAUAAUACAGCACCAGUCUGUCAACCUGUAGACUGCAAAUUACUUACCGCGCCAGUUCAUGGAAGCGUUUCUCAUAAUGGUACAACCUACGGUUCCCUGGCUCGCAUCAUUUGUCAUAGCGGUUAUCGUAUAAAAGGUUCCACUACCUCUAUAUGCAAAGCUUCGGGGCAGUGGAGUGACACAUGUCAGAUGUGUGUUCCAGCAAAUAUAACGGACGUUAUACAUCGUACAUGCGUUGGCGAUUGCUCUUUUAAUGGUGGCGAUCAAUGCCAAUACAAAUUAGAUAACUCAUGGAAUAUAAGGAAUGGGUCGUCUGCAGUACAUGGUCGGACCGUUCUCACUGGUGGACAAGACGAUAAUUUCUACGCAGUCUUUGAGCCUCAAGGAAUAUCUCCUGGAGACCCUUUAUCUUCCAUGACCUCCCCGUUGUUACCGGGAGGAGCAGCUUGCCUCAGUUUUUACUACACUCUCGCUGCUGCCGGGACAACACUUCACGUGAGGACACGUACAGAGGAAAAUGCCACAAUUGAACUGUGGAACGUGACUGGACGCGCCAUGAAGAACUGGACAAGGGUGAACGGACUGGUUGUAUGGCAAUCAAGCGAAUAUUCUGUGGAGUAUGUUGCCAAAACUGGAUUUUAUCUAUUCAUUGGUAUUGACGAUAUUCAUUUAGAGAGCUUCCAUUGUGACAUCGGAUACAGCCUCAAUAGAUCUGAGGUAGACGAGUACUGUAAUUCUUCACGCACUGAAUUCCCAUCAUGUCAACUAGUUGAUUGUGGACAUAUCAGCGUACCAAAGAAUGGAAACGUAUCCGCAAACAGCACCACAUACGGAUCAAUGGCAACAGUUCAGUGCCAAGCAGGUUACAUUCUCAACGGAAGUAGCACAUCAGAAUGUGGCAGCGAUGGUCAAUGGAAUCUUACGGACCAAACAUGUCAACCAGUUGACUGUGGCUCGUUUUCUGCACCACAACGUGGAAACGUCACAGCUACAAAUACCACCCUAGGAUCAAUUGCAAAAAUCACUUGUGACAUAGGAUACAUGCUCAGUGGUAGCAAUACGUCUACGUGUGAUGUCAAUGGGUGUUGGAGCAGCCAAAAUCAGAGCUGCACUCCUGUUGAUUGUGGACAAAUCCCUGUUCCAAAGAAUGGCAACGUAUCUGCAAACAGCACCACAUACGGAGCGAUAGCAACAGUUCGGUGCAAAGCAGGAUACAUCCUCAUAGGAAAUAGUACAUCUGAAUGUGGUAGCGAUGGUAAAUGGAACCUCACGGGCCAAACCUGUGAUCCAGUUGACUGUAGACGGCUUUCUGCACCACAAAAUGGUCACGUCGCAGCAACAAACACUACCCUAGGAUCUACAGCAAAAAUCACAUGUGACAUGGGAUACAUUCUUAGUGGAAGCAGCACGUCUACAUGUGACGUUAGUGGGCGUUGGAGCAGUCAAAAUCAGAGCUGCAAUCACAUUGAUUGUGGAAAUAUCACCACACCAAAUAAUGGCAACGUAUCUGCCAACACUACCACAUACGGAUCAAUAGCAACAGUUUGGUGCCAAGCAGGUUACAUCCUCAACGGAAGUAGCACUUUUAAAUGUGGAGGUGACGGUAAAUGGAAUCUCACGGGCCAAACAUGUGAACCAGUCGAUUGUUAUCAACUGCCCAUUCCUUCACACGGAAUGGUAUCUCCUGUAGCCACAGCCACGACAUUUGGAACUGCCGUAACGAUUACAUGCCAUACAGGCUACAAUCUGGCCGGAAACAGUACGUCUACAUGUGACAGCAACGGAAACUGGAGCAGUAUUGGUCAUAUAUGUGACCUUGUUCAGUGUGGAAAUCUAUCAGUACCUGAAAAUGGCAUUAUAAACUCAUCGUCCACCACAUACGGGUCUAAGGCAUUAGUGGCGUGUCAGUUGGGAUAUAACCUUAUAGGAACCAACACAUCAACAUGUGACAGCAAUGGUGAAUGGAGCCAUAUUGGACAAAUCUGUACAGCUGUCGAUUGUGGGCAGUUUCCAGACCUGCUCAACGGCACUAUCGAUGCGGAAAAUACGACAUUUGGAUCAAUAGUUUCUUUAAUGUGCAACGAAGGAUUCGAUCUAAUAGAAAGUUCACAUUCAGUUUGCACUAGCACUGGAGAUUGGAACUCAACUGGACAAGCGUGUCAACCACUCGACUGCGGAGCUCUACCGAUCCUAAUUAAUGGUUUUGUACAUGCAACCAACACCACGUUCGGUUCAGUUGCUAUCUUUACGUGCGACGAAGGAUUCAACCUCACGGGCAACAGCCAUACUGUUUGCGGAAGCACCGGUCUAUGGAAUGUUACUGAUCAGACAUGUGAUAUAAUCGACUGCGGACCUUUGCCGACAUUAUUCCAUGGCACAGUGCAUACAGAAAACUCCACGUUUGGGUCUAUCGCAGUUUUGAAAUGUGUCGAAGGAUUUAGCUUCACUGGGAGUAGUGUGUCUACGUGUACAAGCAGUGGGGGUUGGAACUCAACUGGUCAGAAGUGUUCCCUUAUAGAUUGCGGUCGAGUGCCAGAGCUGAUACAUGGAACUAUAUAUGCUGACAACACAACCUUUGAAUCGGUCGCAAUACUGACAUGCGACAAAGGAUUUAUUCUGACCGGAAGCAAUCGUUCAAUGUGUACUAGCAGUGGUCUUUGGAACAUGACUGGGCAGAUGUGUGACCCGAUAGAUUGUGGCCUUUUGCCAGCGCUCAACAACGGGUCCAUAAAUUACAUAGAAAACACAAAGUUUGACUCGAUCGCAGUUCUGACAUGUGAUGCAGGAUUCAAUCUCACUGGUGAUACGUUGACCGUAUGUAACAGCAGCGGUGCUUGGAAUACUACUGGUCAGACGUGUAACCCUAUAGACUGUGGACCCCUGCUGAUCUUUAUUAAUGGUACUGCAUAUGCAACCAACACCACGUUCGGUUCAGUUGCUAUCUUUACGUGCGACGAAGGAUUCAACCUUACGGGCAACAGUCAUACAGUUUGUGGUAGCAAUGGUAUUUGGAAUACAAUUGACCAGACAUGCACAAUAAUCGAUUGUGGCAAUUUACCAGCGCUCAACGAUGGGUCCAUUAUGUAUUUAGAAAACACAACGUUUGAUUCGAUCGCAGUUCUGACAUGUGAUGCCGGAUUCAAUCUCACGGGUGAAAGGUAUUCUGUAUGUAACAGCAGCGGUGUUUGGAAUACUACUGGUCAGACGUGUAACCCUAUAGAUUGCGGACAACUACCGCCACUUUUAAACGGGUCAGUGUCUUCAGACAGCACUAUAUUUGGAUCUGUGGCACUUUUUACCUGUGAUGAAGGAUUCACGUUGUCCGGAAGUAACUUAUCUGUUUGUUCAAAUAAUAGAAAAUGGAAUUACACAGGUCAAACAUGUCAACGCAUAGAUUGCGGCGAAUUACCCACGCUUUUAAAUGGGACUAUCGCUUAUACAAACAACACAACGCAUGGGUCGAUAGCUUUUUUAACCUGUGAAGGUGGUUUCGAUCUUAUCGGGAACACUACAUCAGUAUGUACUUCCAGAGGCAUCUGGGAUUCUACAGAUCAGUCAUGUAGGCUUAAAGACUGUAGAGCAUUUCCGUCUCUCUGGAAUGGUUUCGUCACACACAGCCAAAACACAACAUUCGGUUCAAGAGUGUUUUUAAAAUGUGAUGAAGGUUUCUAUCUUAGUGGAAGUAUUUAUUCUGAAUGUAAUAGCAGCGGUUUUUGGAGCUACACUGAUCAGACAUGUAACCUUAUUGACUGUGGACCGAUUCCAACACUGAACCAUGGGACUGUUCACACAGAAAACACAACCUUUGAGUCGACCGCAGUUUUUACAUGUGAUAAAGGGUUCAAUCUGACAGGGGAGGUUUAUUCGGUAUGCACAGGAGCUGGUAUCUGGAACUCUACUCAUCAGACAUGUAACCCCAUAGACUGUGGACCAUUCCCUGAGAUCGCGAAUGGAACAAUAAGUUAUUCAAAUAAUACUACCUUUGGCUCGGUAGCUGAUGUAAAAUGUGAUGAAGGUUUCUAUCUUACUGGUAAAAUCAAUUCAGAAUGCAUUGGUGACGGUACCUGGAAAUCUACUGGUCAGAAAUGUACACAUAUAGACUGUGGGCCUUACCCUUACCUGAUCAACGGAACUGUGUAUACAAACAACACACUGUUUGGGUCAAUAGCUGUUUUAAAGUGUGAUAAAGGAUUCAAUCUCACAGGCCACAACUACUCAGAAUGUACCACUAGUGGCAUGUGGAAUUCGACUGCCCAGAUUUGUGAACCAAUAGAUUGUGGACCAUUUCUUGAACUUAUAAAUGGAACCGCUGCUACCAACGACACAAAGCUUGGUUCGGUCGCUGUUCUUAUGUGCAACGAAGGAUUCGAUCUAACAGGCAGCGAAUACUCAGAAUGUAUUAGUAAUGGUACCUGGAAAUUGACUGGCCAGCAUUGUAAUCCAAAAGACUGUGGAUCGUUUCCGGAACUCAUAAAUGGAACUGUUACUACUGACAGCACGAAGUUUGGAUCGAUCGCAGUUCUGACAUGUGAUGAUGGAUUCAAUCUUUCUGGAAACAAUUUCUCAACAUGCACUAGUAGUGGUACUUGGAAUGCUACUACCCAGAUAUGUAAACAGAUUGAUUGUGGUCCGUUUCCUGUGCCCAGCAAUGGAUCUGUGUAUACACAAAGUACAACAUUUGGAUCGGUAGCAUAUAUGACGUGUAAAGACGGAUUCAUUCUCUCCGGUGACCGUAUGUCAGCAUGUAACAGCAGUGGUAACUGGAAUAUAACUGGUCAUACUUGUGAGCCGAUUGACUGUGGACCGCUAGCUUCUCCUGGUGACGGAUAUUUAAUAGGUUUAGAGACAACAUACGGUCACGUCUCCAGGGUAUACUGCAACACAGGAUACGAUUUGAAGGGCAAUGACAUAUCCACGUGUGGCAGUGAUGGCAACUGGACAAAUACAAACUUCAGCUGUACAUUAAUCGAUUGUGGCGAAGUUAAUCCUCCUAUAAAUGGAACGGUCUCUCGAGGAGCAACAACAUAUGGAUCAGUUGUCACAAUAACAUGUAAUAGCGGCAACACACUCAUAGGGAAUAACACAUCCCAUUGUCAACAUACCGGGAUAUGGUCUCAUGAAAACUUUACCUGCAAAUAUGUUGAUUGUGGACCACUGCAUAAACCGUUGGGGGGUUAUGUAACACCGUUGGACACAUCGUAUGGAACACUUGCAUCAUUUAAAUGCAAUAUCGGAUACCAGUUAUUCGGAAAUGAUUCAUCUUUCUGUGACACCGAUGGCAACUGGACAAGCAAUAACUUCACUUGCAACAUAAUCGAUUGUGGACGUCCGCCUGAAAUUAAAAAUGGUAGAAUGAACUUCUCUGCGACGGUGUUCCAAUCUAAUGCAAACGUCAUGUGUGAUACCGGUUAUGUGUUAUCGAGAUCAAACACUUUCCUGAUCUGUUUGAGCAAUGGUUCGUGGUCAUUUUACGAGUUCCAAUGCAACCCUGUUGACUGCGGAGUCUUAACUACAAGAGGUCAUCAACAAAUCACAUAUGCUGGAAACAAGACAACAUUUGGCACACAAGCAAUUAUGGUGUGCGACAUAGGGUACAGACUAACUAAUCGUUCUGGUGUACAAAGCGAAGCAGCAGUUUGUCAUGCUUCUGGACAUUGGAGCAUACCACAUUUCAGUACAUGUGAAUCGAUUGUUUGUCCAUCUUUAAACAUCAGUGGGGAUGAAAUGGAUAUGAAUGCUACAACCAAAGGUCCAUAUACAGCAAACAUGUCAAUACAGUUCACAUGUAAGGCAGGGUUUACUGUAAACGGCUAUGAUAACAUAAUUUGCCUAUCGAAUGGUGAAUGGAGUGGUGAAACACCGAAAUGUAUGAACGAAAACAAAGUAUACCCUAAUUGUACUAAAAAGGAAAACCAAAGUUGGGAUGAAACGAGUCCUGGGGGGAUACGGACACAAACAUGUCCAGGAAAUUCUAUUGGGGUAGUCUCCAGAACCUGUUCCCCAAAAGGUGAAUGGAUGCAACCUGUUGAUGGAUGCGUUCGAAAGGAGAUAGAUACUAUAUCUUUACAGAUCGAAGCUAUAAACUAUAAUCCGACUCAGGAAAGCAUUACUGAUAUUCUCAAUCAACUUUCCAACGUUACGAAUAUUUCGCAAAAUGAGCAAGGAGAAAAUAAAGAAAACACAAUUUCUGUAACAAGUGGGGAGUUAGAGAAAGUUACAAACAUUUUAGACACGAUUGUUAAUGCAAGUGCUAACAUUAACAUUACAGAUGCUACAAACAAUCAAGUUCAGAAAUUCUUACAAACAACGAGUAACAUAUUAGAUGCCAGCAACACUGACUCCUGGAAGUCUAUCGAACAAAACAAUAAUAAUCAGGAUAAAAGUGCAGUAAAGGUGCUUCAAGUUGUGGAUCGUUAUAUUGGGGUGAUUUCCAAGUAUAUCAAGUCCUCGCAAAAUGGUUCAAUUACAGUAAAUACGACCAACCUUGUGAUGCAUGCUAGUCGAAUAGAGAAACAUACUCCUAAUAUACAAUUUCCUGAAGAGAAUCCAGGAGAUUUCAAGACUGCCGUGUUUUUACCUAAAUCAUCAUUGGAAAACGCGUCGUCAUUUUCAGCAGUGGUUUACAAGAAUUUAUCUGGGAUUUUCUCCUCUAACACAGUAGAUAAUACAAGUGAUGCAAAGUCGGUGAUCUCGUCAGAAGUUAUAUCGGUCAAUCUUGAUAACUGGCAAAGUAAUCCAAAUUUCAAUAUAUCAUUAACAUUGGCAUAUGUUCAGACAAAUUCGGGCCAACCAAAAUGCACAUUUUGGAACAUGAGCAGGUCAGCCUGGGAUACCAAUGGAUGUACUCUCGCAAUACAAGGAAGUUAUUCCUCCAAGUGUGUUUGCAACCAUCUCACGAACUUUGCUAUUCUUAUGAGUCCUUGGACUGAGAGCGUGGAUACCACGGCUUUGGAUGUGAUCUCGAUAGUAGGAUGCAGCAUUUCAAUGCUUGGGUUGAUCAUCACAGUUGUUGUACAUUUUUAUCUAUGGAGAUAUGUGAGGUCGGAUCGCGUGGUUAUCCUCAUGAAUUUGUCGAUUGCGCUUAUCGCAUCAUACGCAGUUUUCAUAGGAGGGGUUGAUCGAAAAGAGAAUAAGGCUCUGUGUACAGCUAUUGCGGUUCUAUUGCAAUACAUCUAUUUAGUUGUGUUCUUUCUGAUGUUGGCGGAGGGAAUAGAGAUCGGAAUAACCGUACUUUAUGUCUUUGUCACGAAGUCCAGAUUGAAGUGGACUCUUCCUGCAGCAUGGGCAUUGCCAGCAGUCAUUGUUGGAGUUUCCAUGGGAGCCACAAAGCUUGAGGGAUUUGGAAACACCAAGUUUUGCUGGCUGUCUAUGGAAGGUGGUUUGAUUUGGGCAUUUGUUGCACCUUCGAUGCUAAUUAUUUUGGUCAACUUUGUUGUGCUGAUUCUUGUUAUCAGGACGAUGUUUCGUUCUAAAACAUUAUCAGAAAAGUCCAGAUCAGAGCGAUCAAAAGCCGGCGUUCGGUGUCUGUGCGUGCUGCUUCCGCUUAUGGGUUGUACGUGGGUGAUUGGUCUCCUCUAUGUGAACGAGAGCAUGACCUGGGUCCAGUACGUGUUUGCAGUGUGCAACAGCUUGCAGGGACUGGUGAUAUUUGUCUUCCAUUGUGUGCUCAAUGUACAGAUUCGAAAUGCUUUACUGAGACGGAAACACCGUAAGCAGAGCAAAUCGUUUAUUUCAACAAACAGCGCAUCAUUUGUCUCAACACGUAUCACGGAGGAGCCUGUUGCUUUGCCAAAGAUUAAUCUUUCAACUGCAAAACGUACACCUAGAGGCAGCUUACAUUCAGCUGAUGAUGCCAAAGGUGAUGUGCUACAAGCAAGUGGUCUUACCGAAAUAAACAAUGUCGACACUUUGUUUUAGCAUGCAAUAUUAAUACCCCCAAGAAAGUUUAAUAAUUAUUAAAUAAACCCACUUAUUAAUUUGAA